AUGUCAGACAUCUCCGAACGUGCUCGCGCCGCUCAAGAGCUGGCCACUCUCCUCGGCCCUCUGAUCCAAGAUGGCGGAGUGCCACCCGGCCAACCCGAUAAUGCCCCACCAGAAUGCGAGCGAAGCAAUAUCUUGUCCGCCAUUGAGUCGCUACUUCGUGUCCUGACUCCAGACCGGCCUCUAUACCCUGCUUUCCACGACGGCAAGGUGCAUGAUCCGUUGGGUAGAGGCGCGUAUGCCUUCCAAAAGGAUCUUGUCGAACUUCUCAUGAGCAGCCUUGCCCACGACGAAAGUUUCAGCGCCAAUAGCGUCCCGCAGUCUAACGUCUCCGCUACUCCCCGAAUGCCCCGCCGGCCCAUCGUCUUUCACGUAGGAGCACAGCCAAAUAACUGCCCGCAUUGUGGUACGCUGAUAGUAUUCUGCUAUGCCUUUGCAAUGGCUCGAGCAAUACGAGACCGGAUGGAAGCAAUGGCUGCCAGUUGCACCAAGGCCGAGUUCCAGCCGCCGCCAGUGUCCGUGGAGAUCACCUUUGUUGAUACGGCCCCAGUCAGUGGGAAAGGGGUCGAAAUUGAUGGAAUACAAUACCAAAGGUCAUAUAGAGACACGCCGGACGCUUCAAACACCUGGACCGGCGAUUACUACGAAGUCAUCGGCUUUCUAUCCCGGUGGUCUGACAUUCCCGCCCACACCGCCACCCAGGCCAGUUUCUUCUCCAAUCCCAACAUGCCUCAGCUCCUCGAGUACGUUAUCAGCAACCGCCACGUCCUCGGCCCCCAGCUCUCCCCCAAGUACGGAACCCUUGCGCUGCGCGCCGCCUGCCCCGUCCCGGGGUGCGGUCUAGCUGAGAAGCACGGUCGUUUAAACAAGUACUCAUACGCUCCCCCGUCCCCCGCAUCCGAAGAGAACAACAGCGACCCAAACGCCCACUUCCAAAAUUGGCAGUCAACACCACCGCCAGAAACAAAGACGACAACAGUUAUCACCUUCCAUUGCCCCGACCACAGCCCGCACACGGUCGAUGUUUCUUCCUCGUUUGUCGUACCUCGAUCCAAAGCCAACACGCCGGCCCGUAACCUCCUCUGCAGCAUGACACACCUGCUCGACAACAGCACCCACCACGUACGCAUCACCGGCGCCGAAUAUGCCGGCAACUACCAAGAGAUGUUUCUCUACCGGCCGCUGGCGGCGUGGCAAGCAACGUGCCGCCUAGCCAAGGACCGGGCUCAGGGCCGCACGCCGCAUAUUCUGUACGCGCCGCUGAUUGUCGAUUGGAGCGGGGCGAAGUUGUCCAAGUCGCUGUACGUGGCACCGGGCGGGUACGACGGUAUGCGAGAGCUUGGGACAGACGGGUUGGGGAGCUGGAGGGCGCUCAAGGAGAGGGUGGGUGGCGAUGGCGAUGAGGAGGGUUUGAGGCGAAUUUGGGAAGAGGUGGUCAGGUGGGUGGAUGAUCCGAGAAAGGUGUUUAGGUGCUUCUCGGUCGAGUAA